GCCGGGUCCGCACAGAAACAUCCUCGUCGCAACGGGCCGAGGAUAUCCUUGCGAGCGUGCCAGGCCAGCGAGGCGUUACGCCGGCUGCUUUUUCCUCUGUCAGGCUCCAUUGGCUGCGCAAGUGAUGCGCGAGGGUGCUGUUUAUAUCCAUACCCAUCCGUCUGAAGCCUCGAGCAUCCCGCUCUUAUUUGCACCGCGGACGUCACCUCCCGCGACCACCACCCGGACUCCAGGACCCCGCCCUCACCGCAGCUCAAACUCGUUCUCGUCCGACCUCUCACUCUCGUCUCUGCAACCCGCGCCCGCCUGCAGCCGCCUCGCGCCCGCCCACCGCUCGUCGGCCGACACGUCUCCAAGCUGGCAAAUUACGCGACCCCGCCAGUGUCGCCCUCGGCGUAUAGGGCCCUCGAACCGCCCUUUAACGUGCAGCUCAAGAGCCGGCCGGGUGGGAUGGACAAUGACCGCCGGCCACGGCAGAGUACCGCAGGUUACGCGAGCCAGCAAGGCACGCUGCUCCAACCACAAGCAUCCUAUCCUGUGGUAAGCGCAUCCGACCGCUUCAGGCAGGCGCCUUUGGCCGCCCAGCCGCCCACUUCUGCGCCGUCAGCUCCAGCUGCGGCCAGUCGCGCGGGCCCGGGCACCAGCGCACAAAGUUACGGUUACGCUUACGAAGGAGGUUCACAGUUUGUCGGCUCGUCGAUUCAGCAGCCCGGCGUGGCCUACGGCACCCAGGACUUUGCCGACCAACAGGCGCCGCCCCAGCGCGGCUCCCAGCAGCAGUACUCGCAGUAUCCCCAGAACGUCAUGUACAAUGUCCCCGCCCAGGGCUCGCAGCCGGGCUCGUCACAGUACGAGCCCGUGGCACAGUAUCAGCAGAACAGGGACUCGGCUAUAGAGGUCCUGGGCACCAACUUUGGCGUUGCACAACCGCAAUACUACAGUGGUGUGCCCAGCGAGAGUGGCCCAACAAGCGCGCCAUCUUCUGCCAUAGCGCCGCAGAACGUCUCCUCUCAGUACCCGUCCAUAGGAUAUACACCGCAGCAGUCUGCGCCGGCCUACUCGACCGCCGCCAUGACUGACCCGCACCCACCUACCACCCACGGCGGAGGCUACUCCCAGCCUGCAUAUCCCCAGCCCCAGCCCCAGUCCCAGCCUCAGCAGGACGGCAAUAGCAACGAGUACGAUGAUUUCUACAACACCUACCAGACAGAGCUCAAGAAGACGUUUGAGCAGGUCCACGACGGGCGCCUGAGCGAGGCGGCGCCAGCACUCGACCGUCUCUCAGAUUGGCUGCUGCACUGGGCCGAGACCUUGGUACGCGACGAUGAAGCACAUUAUCAGAUGCGCCUCAAGCUAUGGGAAGAAUUCAACAACUGCUGGCUGGGUCUAUUCCAAAAGCAGUUCGAGUUGGUCGAAGAGAUGCGGACUACAGGCCAGCGACCGCAGGCGCCGCAAUCGAUCAUUGAAUACGAUUUCAUUGAGAAGAUGGGCAACAAGCUCGUAAAGAACUGCGACAACAUGGAGAAGCACGGGCUUGUCGACUACCAGAUGGGCGUCUGGGAGGAGGAAAUCACUGCUAUGUUGAUGAAAUGCCUCGAGCAGCUCGAAAAACUAGGCGCCGGCUCCUCCUCCACUCAGCGACCCUCGGCAUCCGGCUCACGACGGCGAUAAUACAAGCUUUUUGCGACGGCGAUUCCCUUCGUGGCUUCGUAUGGCGCUCGUGGUUGUUACGCUAACGACGCAUCGAGCGAAGCCCCCUCGCCUAUUCUCCCCUUACCUCGUGUGUUACUUGUGUACCAUAUUCGCAGUUGGAAGAACAGCGCCCUGGUUUCCAGCAAUGUCUGGCCGUUUCCUUUUUUUCUCAUUGUACAUGAUUCUCUCUUUGUCGUUACGCAUGUCCAUUUUUCACUAGUCUCGCUCUUCUCACAUGGUCUUGAUCUUUUCCG